CAAGCGUCACACCUCCACACCACGGCGUCCUGGGCAGAAACGGGCGGAAGAAGGGCCUGCCGUCAUUGGACUUUCAAAAUCUUUCCCGUGGGCCUCCAGGCACUUCCUGCUGUAUCUCAUUGGUAGGACAGGCUCACGUGCUCGUGCUUGACCAAUCACGGGUGAAGGAAGUGGAAAGCCGCCGUGGCUGCAGUGCUGUGGUGUCUGUCGGGUUCUCUGCCCCUUGUCCCUGAAGCUGAACAGAAUCAGGCAGGGUGGCCACUGCCGCGGGUGUGGAUGUGCCUGACAAGAUGAAGAGCCGAAUCCCAGUGGUGCUCCUGGCCUGUGGCUCCUUCAAUCCCAUCACCAACAUGCACCUGCGCUUGUUUGAGGUGGCCAGAGACCACCUACAUCAAACAGUCAUGAACACAGACAUUGAGUUCCCAAAACCUUCCAAGAAAAGCAUCUUGUGCAAUUUUCAAACGGAAUAUGAUGUUAUCUUUACUGGCCGUGACCCUUCUGUAACCUUGUCGGGAUCCACCCUUGUUUUUGCAGCUGUGCCCGAGCUGAAGCUCCUCUGCGGGGCAGAUGUCCUGAAGACCUUCCAGACCCCCAACCUCUGGAGAGACGCACACAUCCAGGAGAUAGUGGAGAAGUUUGGCGUGGUGUGCGUGAGCCGGAUGGGCCACAACCCGAAGGAAUACAUCUCGCGCUCGCCCAUCCUGCACCGGUACCGGCACAACAUUCACCUGGCCAGGGAGCCCGUGCAGAAUGAGCUCAGCUCCACAUACGUCAGGCAGGCCCUGAGCCAGGGGCACAGCGUGAAGUACCUGCUCCCAGACGCUGUCAUCACCUACAUCAAGGACCACAGCCUCUACACCAGGGACAGUUCCUGCAAAGGCGGUGGCACCCAGAGGAAUGAAGGAAAGACAAGCUGGGGAGAGCCCGCCACUCCUCCACGGAGCUCCUCCUGACGAAAGGGCAGUUAAGGUCUUCGGCUUUUCUUUUUUUUUCUUUUCUUUUUUUUUUUUUUUUUUUUUUUUUUUUUUUUUUUUUUUUUUUUUUUUUUUUUUGUUUUUUUUUUUUUUUUUGUUUUUGUUUUUUUUUUUUUUUGCUUUUCCGUCUGUUUUAUUUAGGCAAUGAGUUUAUUUCAGAGGGGUCUUCUGUCCCCGGAAGAGAUACCUUCUUUUGGGAGGAGGAGCAAGUGCCUGCAUCUCAAGAAGGGACAUUUACCAAGGAAGUUAAAAGGGCGUGGCAGGUCACUAGAACUAGACCCAGGUCUCGGGAGCUCUGGCCGCAGAGCCCUUCUUACUCGGGAACGGUGCCUCUGGCAUGCGCACUGACGGCAGUCCUGUGCCAGGCGGGGCCCCUGACGCUCAGAUCAGAACGGCCCACACGCGUUUCUUAACUAGGACCAGGUGCAGCAUGCUGGUCUUGAUGGGAGAGACUUGACAGGAUGCUAAUUACCAAACAGUGGGCUUUGUCAACACCUUGUUCCAACAGAAUAAUACUAAUUGAGGAGUCAAAAAUUUGGAAGCCGCUCUUGCCGAUUUACAUUGAAUCUUCCCCUAAGAACCACCAUCUGUCUGCCUAGGCUGUAGAUACGGUUUAAACUGAAAUCUUUCUAAGGAGUGACCCUCAAUAUUUUUGAUACGGCAGAUAUUUUUACCGCGACUUUUUUAUAAAUGCCAGGGCUCCUGAUUUCCAGGUUUCUAAAAAGGAACUGAGGUAAAACAGACGCUUUGACUAUUUAGAGGAUCUUUGUGAAUGUUUUAUGACCGCCUGCCUGUUUGAAUAUCGGCAGAGAUAAAUAAUAAAUUGACAUA